AUGGACGACCUCUCCCUCGACAGCCCACGCAACGGCGAUGACAUCAAGCACGCGCCAAAGACGCCCAAGAAGAAGCAAAGGAAGGAGAAGGGCAGUGACGCCACCAACGACACAAAGAAGAAGGAAAAGGAGAAAAAGAAGCCGGUGAAGAGCAGCAAGCAGCAGAAGAAAGACAAGAAGGGCAAGGCCAAACCAAAGAUCCCCGCCUCCUCGUCCUCCUCCGCUCUGUCCCAGACCAAGAGCCGCCCCACCACCAUCAUCAGCGGCAGCACUUGCGUCGGCCUCAGCACCCGCGAGUUCUCCCAUCAAUCUGCUUUCGACCAAGAUGGCGACAAUGCCUCUUCUUCGUCUUCUUCUUCGUCUUCCAGAUCGCCGGCGACCAGGCCGGCCGUACCGCUCAUGGCCUCCUCGCCCUCCUCCCACCUCGGCAGCCGCGCGUCGCGGGGCAGCAUGCCCCAGUUCGCCUCGUCGCCCGAACUGCUCGACCUCUCCUCCGUCCGGUCGCGCCCCAAGUCCUCCAUCAUCGCCCCGUCGGCCGCCAGCUCCGACCCCGCCGUUCCCGCGCCCGCGCCGGCGACCACCAAGCACAGCCCGAGCAAGGAGAAGAAUGCGCAUUCGUCGUCCGGGUUCGAUACCACCGUCAAGGCGCCACCGAGCACGAGGGGUGCCGCGACGACGCGGAGCCGCAGCGGCAGUUCGGAGUGCGUGAUGGAGGGGUUCCUGGAGGAGGCGCUGCUCAAGCGGGUGGGCAGCACCCACACGCGCCGGGUGAGCAAGUGGCGCAAGCGGUGGGUCCGCCUCUUCCGCUGCCACGCCGGCACCUUCCUCCUCACCCACGACAAGCCGCCCGCCGCUGGGAAGAAGCAGACGUCGGUGAGGAGCAGGAUCGACGUGCUGGCGAUGGUGACGACCGAGAAGCGGGACGACGUCCGCCGAUACGCGUUCGUGCUGAUGCCCGACGACUGCGAUCGGCAGCCGCCCUCCUAUUUCUGCGCCGACACCGAGGGCGCCCGCAAGAGCUGGAUGGCCGCCAUCACCCGCGUGCAGAAACAGGAGGUCUCCGACAUCGUGCAGCCCCUCCGCUCCCUACAGCAGGAGCCUGGGAAGGAGAAGGAAGAGAGUGAACUGAGGCCUGGGAUGACGUCGCUGGACUUUGACGAUCUGGCGGAGGACAAGAGGAGGAAGCGCACGAUGGUCCUCGUGAACGGCGAGGAGAAGAGGGAGAAGGUGCUCGACAUUCAAGAGGAGCAGGAUCAGAUCAGCGACGAAGACAGCGAAGAGGCGCGGAUGAUGCGCGACAUCGAACGGCGAGUGCACGAGCUCCAGCACUCACCGCAGCGGCCAAGCGGCUUUGGACCAUCGGCGCCCGCACUGUCCAUGUCUUCCGUCCCGGCCUACUACCAACCCCAGCAGCAGCUCCAGAUCAUGCAGCAGCACCAGCACCAACAGCAGCAGGUGCUCCUUCGUCAGCAGUCCUACAGCGUUGUGGGGUCGCACCACCACGCACCCGGAGCGACGCUCAGCGGAAGCUACAACCCGUUCGUCGAGGUCCCAGCCGCCGCCGCUGCGGUCCCGCAGCACCACCUGCAGCCCCAGACCUCGGCCUCGUACUACAUGCAGCCGCCGGUGCGACGCGGCAGCUUCGUCGCGGCGGACCUCAGCAGCAGCCACUCGGCCCUGCCGCAGGCGCAGACGGUGGUGAUGUCGACUCUCUCGGCCGCGGCGGUGUCGCCAUCGACGUCCACUUCCAUAUCCUCCAUCUCGCCCCACGGCACGCCUCCGGCAGGCAUGCCCGUCCUGCCCUCGCCCCACAUUCCGCCGCCCUUCAUGCGCCAGUCCUCCAGCAUCCACAUGGCCGCUGCCCACCACAACAGCCACCACCAUCUCCUCUCCUCCGCGCCAUCCGCCGUCGCCCAGAGUUGA